AUGGACGCCGCAUGGCCACGCCUUGAAUACAAGCAGAAGCAAACGUUUAACGCUCCCUAUAUCGAUGUUAGGAUUCGUUGGCCUUGUGCUACGUCGCGUCCUUCAAGUUACGGAAAACAGAGGCUCGGGGACUACUUGCAAAUGUGGGACUGGAAAUCCAAGAAUGACUACCAGUCCAUUCUUUUAUUCCACGGUAUCAGCGGAUGUUCCUUCAUUGCAGAGGAUCAUAUACCAAAAUCGACGGAGUCGUGGAAUGACGCGGUGAUUGAAAAUUCAACAUCAAAGUUAAGUUUCGCGAUGCUAAAAGUCAAGACACGUUUAAGCAAUCCUAACGAAGUUCUCAUGACCUUGUCGAACGUGAAUGUUGCCGACACGGUGAGGUCACUUCACUUCGACCACACACUACCGACAACUAUCUCGUCGUCGGAUGGCCCGUCGUCCGAAUGUACAAUCAGAUCUUUCAUAUCCGGUGAGAAUCCUCGGGGUGUAUUGUUGGAGGCAUCGUCCGUCUUCAUCUCUUUCUCCAACUUCUACACAUCAAGAUAUUCCUUCUCGGCAAAUGAUAUCGCAGUCCCGCCAAUGACAUAUCUCGAACAAAGAACGGACACGACAUCAAUACCUGUGUUCAAACGUGUAUCACCUUCCGUAAAAUUCUUCGCCUCGUCUUCUUCGAAGUGCAUUCGUCAUGUCAGCAUCGAAGCCCUUAACCUUGAUGAUCUCGUGUUUGUCCACAUCAAUAGCAUGGAUUAUAUGAGGUGGAUCCCCGCGUUUUCACAUUGGUCGGGGCCUCUUCUUCGAGGGAUGAUGGCAAACUUCUCGCAAGCUGACACGAUGAACUUCGAAAUCGUAACGGAUCACAGCAUCAGUCAUAAUCAACACGAAGGUGUUUGGGGUGGUUUGGAACAACCUUCCGCGAAAAAGCGAACACGAGAGGCCAACAAAUCAAGCAUGUGGAAACACUCGAUGCGCGUCCCGCACAGCGGCGGGAAUCAUUUUACCCCGAUCCCUGCGUACAGCGGCAACUUGACGAAUGUUGAAGAGUUCAACUUAGUUGCGUAUGCAUUGCGACUAUAA